AAGUACUGAGGACGGGUUUUGGUAUAAAGCCGCUGCACGUAGCAUGAGCAGCAUAUCAGCUCGAUCCUUCAUCCUCACAGCCGACUGAAACUGAACAAUGUUCGGGAGCAAGAUAUUCGUAUUCGGAGUGCUACUAGCUGGCCUCUGUCUCGUGCAGGGUUCACGCUGGUGGACGAAGGACGUGUGCGAUAUGGACGGAUGCCAUAUCGAGUACCACGCUUUCCGUGCGGAGGAAAUAAAAGCGGUCGUUGCUGCGAACCCAAAUUUGUCUUCCGAACUAGCCGACUGCAUCGACAGGUUCGAGACCGACCUCGCCGGAAACAUGUACGAAGGAGGAAUAAUCACCGACUGCCUUUUUGAAACCAUACCAGUUGCGAAAUCUAAGAGAGAUUUGUGGAACAAAAUGUUCUUCUGCAUGAGGGCACAGCACGUGCUUCUGAAAAACACUGUAAUGCUUAACAUAGAAAUGGUGUGUUGAAAAUGAAUAAAACAUUUUGACUACAGAGGCAAAAUCACGA